GGGCUUCCGGUGGAGCUUCACUUCCGGUGUGGGCAGGGUGGCCAUCUUAGCCUCCCUCCCCCGCUUUGGGCCUACCCCGGCCGGACUCGCCGCCGUCGGGACCGGUUCGCCUCUCGGCCUCCUCCUGCCGUAGCCCCUCAGCGGCUGAAUCCCGUCAGUUCUCGAGACAGCCGUGACUCCCAGACAGUAGCAUGGCCAGCAGUCCUCGUGAAGAGCCAGGAGAGUGCAGAAUUACAUAUGUGAAAGGGGACCUUUUCGCCUGCCCCAAGACAGACUCGUUGGCCCACUGCAUCAGUGAAGACUGCCGCAUGGGGGCUGGGAUUCGCGGUCCUGUCAAGAAGAAGUUUGGAGGGGCAGAACUGCUGAGCCAGCAAAAGAAGCCCGGAGAAGUAGCUGUGCUGAAGAGAGACGAGAGAUACGUCUACUACCUGAUUACGAAGAAAGAGCCGCUCACAAACCCACCUACGAAACCCUGCAGAGAAGCUUUAGAGGCAAUGAAGACCCACCUGUCUGAACAGCGGAGUCACGGAUCUCUCCAUGCCCAAGUAAGGAACUGAGAGCUAAAAUUGCUC